AUCAUCAACGAAGCAUCCACAAGUCUCAAGGAUAACAAGCAAUCCUCCAAACAAACCACAAUCGCAAUCAUUCUGUCUCAUCUGAGCAAAUAUCUCCUUCCAACUACAUCCAAAAUGUCUCUCUUCCGUACCAUCCCCUCCGGAAACGACUUCGGCGCUCUCUUCCGCCUCCUGGACGACUAUGACGUCCACCGCUCCUCUCGCAGUCAAACCUCCGUGCGCUCAUUCGCACCUCGCUUCGACAUCCGCGAGUCCUCCGAUGCCUACCACUUGGACGGCGAGCUGCCGGGCAUCGCCCAGAAAGACGUCGACAUUGAAUUCUCCGACCCGCAGACCCUCGUGAUCAAGGGCCGCUCCGAGCGCGAAUACCACACCCCCGAAGCCGGCGAGGGCACCAACGAAUCCGCCCAGGGCGAGAGAAGCGAAGUCGCCCAGACUGGCGAGAAGCAGGUCACCAAAUCCGAGGGCAAGCCCCGCUUCUGGGUCAGCGAGCGCUCUGUCGGCGAAUUCCACCGCACCUUCUCCUUCCCCAGCCACGUGGACCAGGAGAAGGUCAAGGCCAGCCUGAAGAACGGCAUCUUGUCCGUGGUUGUUCCCAAGGCUUCGGCUCCCUCUUCCAAGAAGAUUGUGGUUGAGUAAAUGACUCGACUACUUGAGUACGUCGGUUGACGAUUACGAGAAUGAGAAUACGAUACUUUGCUGUUUUGUUUUUGCUCGAUUGCUGAGUUGCAUGAGCUUGCUGAGUUGAGGGUUGAGAUUGUGAUACUGCUUUCCUUUGUAUAAAUAGUCUAAUUAAUCAAUUGUUUUUGAAUUUUUAAC